AGAACAGUCUGCGAGCCGUAUUGAGUCCGCUUUAUUUGGUUCUGUUUUUACUUUUGAACCUCUUAAACUUAAACAUUGGUGGUUGAUGGCGACGACUCGUCACUGCGAUGCCUCCACUAGCUAAACUCGACUAUUUCUUUUCCGUUAGUUUAUUUACGUAUGCAGUCGUGCGUACUUGCCCGUCUGCAUCUGAAUAACUUAUUUUAUGGUACAAGUCGACGUCACAGUUAAUAACACCUCUAAGUCUACUAUUAUUUGAUAGUGGUGUGCGUGUGAUGUAGGUACCUAAAUUCGUGUGGCAUCAUUGAACCAGUUGCAUUCAUCAGGCAAGAACGAAAUUCGUUGCGUAACCAGGUUCCCACUUUCGGAUUUCGUUUCGUUUGUUUCAGCAUAAUCCAAAAUGGCGACUACUCCACGCUCUGCUGGCAGCAGCAAGAAGCUGCAAGUGUUUUCAGCAGAGGAGGUGGCAAAGCACAACAAACUGGGGGACCUUUGGUUAAGGGUUUCCGAAUUACAUUUACGCCAUCCUUGGCUCUUUUCCUAGUGGAAAAGAAGCCACGGAUAUUCUGGGGAAUGUAAUUCCGUAACUAACCUCUAACUUUGCUGAUCAUCGAAGAUAAGGUCUACGAUGUCUCCAAGUUUGCAAAUGUCCAUCCUGGUGGAAAAACGAUCCUUCUCGACAUCGUUGGGAAUGAAGCUACGCAGCACUUCUAUGCGUUUCACCGAACGGAGGUCCCUAUACCACUACUUUUAGCUUAGCACAACUUCUAGUAUGCACCGAGCGGAGGUGUGGUCUAUCCUCGUCUGCUUUUCAUAAAUACAAAUAUGUUGCUAGAUUAUAGCCCGUUUGGAGAAAGGCGUGAUCGCUCCUGGAGUAAAAGUAUGGUGAGAAAAAUGGAUUGAACACCAGGUGUUGGAAAAGUACCAUUCGAAGUUGUGCAUAGGGACGGUGGAGGGCGCGAAGCCAGCCAAGGCGUUCCAGCCCGAUGCAAAGAAAGUUGACGUGUUGACUGCUCCCGUGGAAGAGCUGAGGAAGCAUCCUCUGAUUUCGAAGACCCCUUUCGGCGAGUCGGCAAGCAUGAAAAAGUACUAUGCCUCACCCUACAUGAACGAUUCUCACUUGCGCUUUCGGCUGGCAGUUCGAGAAUUCCUGAAAUCAUGGCAGCCAGAGACCGAGGCAAUGGAGGAAGCGGGAGAGUAUCCCUCACCGGAACUCUGGGAAGCAGCGGGAAAAAGCGGUAUACUGGCUUGCAGCGUUGGGAUCAUGGGGAUGCCUUACGCGAAAAAGUUUGGAAUAGAACUACCCGGUGGCAUCAAGCCGGAGCACUUCGAUUUUUUCCACGAGCAAAUACUGCAUGAAGAAAGUGUCAGAGGAAUGGCGCACAGGUACUUUGCUAUCUUUUACUCUAUGAUCGCGAACGGUCUUCACACCUCCAUGUUGAAUGAGGGGCACACCAGAGUGUGACCUUGAACUACUUGAUUCGACGGUUCUUCUAGGACGACGCCUGAGAUUCCUUACUUAGGAGCGUUUUUGACUAGUACUUAGGAGCGUGAAGACUUAGGAGCGUUUUAAAACGAGAUGCUACUUAGAGGAUCUACUCUGAUACAACAUAGAACAAGUCUACAACUUUUUACACUCAAGUGUUUCUUCUCCUGGUGUCUAAGAUCUAUAGUACCUUUUCCGAACAAAAUAAAAAUCUGAUCUUGGUGUCUAUCAUCUGUCUCUCAACAUUCUCCACCUACAAUUUUUACAUGCACUUCUUCAGCAUCGGCGAUGGGCUUUGGGCUGGCUUCAACAUCGGUUUACCGCCAAUCAUCAAUUUUUACCACGGCGACGACAAAGAUGAGAUGAUCCGGAGUAUCAUGCUCGGGGAGAAGAAAGUUGUCCUUGCCAUUACCGGACCCGAAGCAGGAUCUGACGUAGCAAAUCACACGACAACCGCGAAGAAAAGCGAGUGUGGCCAGUAUUUUAUCGUCCGUGGCAUGAAGAAAUGGAUUACAGGCGGCUGCCAGGCCGAUUAUUUCGUCACAGCAGUGCGCACUGGAGGCCCGGGGAUCAAAGGUAUUUUUCAAAUUCAACGUUUCGUCGUGCAUGUAGUGGCUAUACCUAAAAAUAUAGGAAUUUUACGUGCUGGCAGAGCUGGUGCAGUAUGAUGUAUUAUAUAUGUAGAAGGAGCCACAACAACAACUUGUUUCACCGUAUGUUAAUUUCCGCCGAUCAUUAGUUGCUGCAAUUAUGCGAAUGCAAUAGUUGCUCCUGCAAUUAUGCGAAUGCGAUUAGAAGACAACUAUUUUUUAAAAAAUGCAUAUGCUCGACGCUUCUGGUGACCUGCUGGCAGGUAUUUCGAUGCUUCUGGUGAAACGUGAAGAAGGCGUCACGACCAAGCAGAUUUCAACAUCAUACCAAAAGAGUGCCGCAACUGCUCUUGUGGAAUUUCAAGAUGCAAAAGUUCCCGCUCAAGGCAGGCUACUCGGUGUGAAAAAGGGGGACGAGCUCAACAAGGGUUUCCAGUGCAUUAUGCUCAAUUUCAACCACGAACGAUGGAUGAUCGCAUGCAAGUGUGUUGGUACUCAUCUACUAAAUAUUGUAGUAGUACUAUGAAAUUGUGACGAUUACCGGACGUUCAUAUCUACUUACUUGAUCCCUUGAACUUGUGCUUCUAUACCUCCGUUCCGCCCGCUACGAAAAAACAGGAUACCAGCGUCUCGUAUUAGCGGAAUGUCUUCAGUGGUUGAUGCAGCGCAAGGCCUUUGGGCGGCCGCUGAUGGAUCAGGCGGUGUUGCGAUUUAAGUACGGGCAAAUGGCCGCGGCAGUGGAGACCAUCCAGGCGCACUUGGACUUCGUGACGUACCAGAUGAAGGUCUACUACGAGCGCGUGCGGGAGGACAAAAGCUGGAAAGCAAAGGACUACUUGGCAGGUGAGAUAGGUCUGCUGAAGUACCAAGCGACGCGUGUUUCCACUUUUUAAGGCUUCUCCUAAUCCAUCUCGUGAAGCAUCCCUACGAGGAUUUUCAAGGGGAAAGGGCGCCGAGGAUGCUUCUCGAGAUGGAUUAGGGUGAGCUCUAAACUUUGGUCGCCGACAACGGUUGUCAGAUCUUCGGUGGGCGCGCGGUCACGAAAACGGGCAUGGGCAAGCACAUGGAGCGCUUUCAGCGCGCCUACAAAAUCGCAAGUAUCUACGGUGGCUCUGAAGAAAUUAUGGCCGAUUUGGGGAUUCGUCAGGCCCUAAGAGACUGGGACCCGGAGGACAAAGCCGCGUCAAGACUCUAAGCUGGUCAAGACUCUAUAAGAGAUUCUUCCACUUAUUAAGUAGUACGGUCAUGUUGAUGUUUGAGAUAGUACGUGCGCAUUUUUUUUUUGAGAUUGAUCGUGCGGACUUGAGGUUGAUCGUGCGCAUUUUUUUUGAGAUCAUGAGAGACUUUCUUCUUCUCGUGUGAAGCAUGAACGCGAUCAUAAAUAUUUUAGCUUUUCUCGAUGUUGCCAUCGCACGCCUAUAUACUGUGACCAUGAUCCAUCUUCAACUAACACUGCUUUUAUUACCCCUUAGUAAGUAGGCAUCUCCGAGGACGUGUAGCUUUAGCUAAAGACUCAUAUCCUCCUUCAAUUUUUCUCCUCCUCUUCCUCUCUUGUGUAGUCUCAUUAUACAUGGAUAUGCUUCUUGAAAUUCUCAGGUCUACAUGCUCAUUUAUCCUCCCCUUUUGUUUCCUCCUAAUCAACUGCACUUUCAUCUAUCCUCCGCAGCGUCCAAUGAAGUGAAUGUGGUAGUAGACGAGCAGUUUUUUGUUCGUCCGAUAUUAAAAAUAUUAAGGUUUUCCAAGCUGUUUCUCUUUGUCAAUAGUUUCUUUUUGAAAAAUCAGCACCUUUCCGGUUGUGCGUAGACGCGACUAGCGAACGGAGCUUUUGAAGUCGCUAAGCAACACGACACCGUGACAGAGGGCAUGAUCCGUAAUCACCUGACAUUUCCAGGCUUUUGCCUAUACUCACAAGAUCACUUUUUGUUUGGUGUUCUUGUUUCAUUGGGAGUGCUGGUGUUCUCUCUUUUCCAAAUGCAAUGAAACGAGUGAAGGCUGACGACCGUUAGAGCGAAUAGGG